AUAUGGGUCCUGGUCUUAGGUCUGCAUGGAGUCAGUGUAUGAAUAGCUCUGCUGAUACACAGACAUCAGCUUCCGUGGACUAGCUACCUUGAAAGUCCAGCAUGGACUAGAUGGUCUGCAAAUCAGUCAGUGAGCGAUCAUGGUGAUUCCUUGAGGAGUCUGGAAGGCUGGGCUGUGGGGAAAGAUGUGUCAGGACAUGAGUGGGCACAGGAGGGGUGGUUUGGAUUUUUGUUGCUACUGAGGAGCAUAUGUAUGGAGGAUAUGAAGGUACCAGUAAGACGAAUUGUUUAGGGAUUGAGUUAGACCCUUGGAAAAAGAAAGAUCAUUAAGUGGUCAAGAGAAGAAAGAGAGAAUUAGGAGGAGAAGCAGAGGUAAGAGGGAUUAAUAAGUAUCAAAAAUGUUAUUCUGCACACCAAGGAAGCAAAGGGAAAGGGAAUGAGUGAAUGCUGCAGACGAUAAACAAUUAAAAACAUUUGAAGGCAGUAGGAAGACAUCUAAAAUGGAGACAGAACACUGUCCUGGCUGUCCCACAUGGUUCAAUGAAAUGUUAACCUACUAACAGGUUUCCCCCUUUCUGGUCUGUUUCCGUUAGUCCAACCUUUGCCUACAAAGUGAUUUUACUUUCCAGUUGAAUAGCAUUCCUAAUAAUUUGCUGUCAUUACAGGAUACACACACAAGUCCAUAACAGCCCUUCAUAAACUUUCUUCAGACUCUAUCUCCAGCUUUAUCUUUUCCUAUUCUCUCCUUUACUCCAGCCACACAUGAUACAUUUUCACAGAUUUGCACUUGCUCUUCUGCCUUCUUAGACUGCUCUUUCCUUAUACACAUAAAUAACUCCCAUUAAUCUUUUGAUAUCACAAGCUUCUAAGACACCCAGAGGAUUAUGAUAUAAUUCACCCACUUACCUCAACCAAGGAGUCUCGUGUUGUGUAUCAUUUCAGAUCACCCGCUCAAACUACUAUAUCCUAGUGGUGACUUCAUGGCUGACACACACAAUGUGACUGAAUUCAUUUUUCUGGGACUUUCUACCAAUCCGGAGGUACAGAAAGUUUGCUUUGUGAUAUUUUCGUUCUUGUACACAGCAAUUGUGCUGGAGAAUUUCCUCAUUGUGCUCACUGUCAUAACCAGCAGAAGUCUUAUUUCCCCCAUGUACUUCUUCCUCAGUUACCUGUCCUUCGUGGAGAUCUGCUACUCCUCUACCACAGCCCCCAAACUUAUCUUGGACUUGCUGGCUGAAAGGCAAGCCAUAUCUCUGUGGGACUGCAUGACACAGCUUUUUUUCAUUCAUUUCUUUGGUGGCACCGAGAUUUUUCUGCUCACUGUGAUGGCCUAUGAUCGCUACGUGGCCAUCUGCAAGCCCCUCAACUACACUACCAUCAUGAACCAGCAAGUGUGUGCUGUCUUGGUAGGAAUAGCAUGGGUGGGGGGCUUUGUGCAUUCCCUUGCCCAAGUUCUUCUCGUCUUCCACUUGCCCUUCUGUGGCCCCAAUGUGAUUGACCACUUCUUCUGUGACCUGCUUCCUCUGCUCAAGCUUGCCUGCUCUGACACCUUUCUCAUUGGUCUGUUGAUGGUUGCCAAUGGGGGGACCCUGUCUGUGAUCAGCUUUGCGGUUGUCUUAGCCUCCUAUGUGGUUAUCUUGCUCCAUCUGAGGACUCGAAGCUCUGAGGGGCGGCAAAAGGCCCUGUCCACCUGUGGGUCCCAUAUUUCUGUGGCCGCCUUGUUUUUUGGGCCCUGUAUCUUUAUCUAUCUGAGGUCUUCUACCACUCUAUCUGUGGACAAGAUGGUGGCUGUGUUCUACACAGCGAUUACCCCUCUCCUUAACCCUGCAAUCUACUCCCUGAGAAACGCUGAAGUGAAGAAGGCCAUGAAGAGGCUGUGGAGCAAAACAAUGAAACUGAAUGAGAAAUAG